AAGCUUAGUAACAAAUCCAUUCCCAAACACAAAAAUGGCUGCAUCUGCACUUAUCAGGGGCGCCCCGCUUCUGCGCCUCCGGCUUCAACACCACCAUCGCUUCGCCACCGUAUUACUCGUGCCACUUCGGAGAUCAUGGUGUUCUACAGCGGAGUCUACUCCACUGGAAGAGGAUGGUGUACCUCUUUCGACUCCCGCAGCGUUGAGCUUGCGCAAGGCACCAAAGAAUUCAAGUUGGGACGACCAAAAUUACCGACAGUGGAAAGAUGAAGAAGCAGAUAUUUGGAGAGAUAUUGAACCUAUAACUCACCUCGCUAAAGAAAUUAUCCACUCUGACAGAUACAUGGACGGAGAACAACUAACAGAUGAAGAUGAGAAAGUUGUGGCAGAGAGGCUUCUUGCUUAUCAUCCGAAUUCUGAUGAUAAAAUAGGAUGUGGGCUUGAUUCUAUAAUGGUUGACCGUCAUCCCUUAUUUAAAAACUCCAGGUGCCUGUUUGUUGUAAGAAUUGAUGGUGGAUGGAUAGACUUCUCCUAUCAGAAGUGCCUUCGAGCAUACAUUCGAUCCAAGUACCCAACUCAUGCAGAAAGAUUCAUUAAAGAACAUUUUAAACGUGGCAGUUGAUGAUGAUUAUAACCCGGGUGAUUACUUGAUACUCCAUCUGCAAUUUUCUUUUUUCUUUUGGCAAUUAGAGAUCAUUGUGAUCGACAUAUUUUAAAGUUUUGCACAAGUGCGCAGGGGAUUGUGUAUGGAUUCUAGUACCUAAAUGUAUCCUAGGUCUUGCCAAAUUGUCAAACGUAGUAGAUAAUCCUUGUCUAGCACUUUCAAGGUUUUUUGGUUGUUUAGAAAUGACGACACAAGAUGAUUGAAAUGAACUCGACUUUGUUGACUUGCA